CAAUCCACAUACUGCCUUUACCUGUCUGAACGUGGAGCCACACCCAACACGUUCCCAUCAGCCAAUCACAGUGUGGAACAAAGACGCCCAAGAGGUAGACUUCCUGUCUCUGUGUGAGAGUGAGCAACCAGGACUCAGGCAAAAAAAGACAGACCGAAAGAGAGAGAGAGAGAGAGAGCGAGAGAGAGAGAGAGAGAGAGAGAGAGAGUUCUGGCGCAAUCUCAGCUCAGCGCUGACUAAACACAACAGGGUCGAGUGGAGAAAAGGGGAGGGGGAGAUUGUUUAAAGAAAACUGCCUACAGGAUGAGAUGGACUCGGCUAUGAAACAACACUGAGAGGCAGAAAGAGAGCGAGAAGGAAAGAGGGCUGAGAUAAGUGUCACUCUGUUCAGACUCGUUUGGGAAUUUAAGGAGGGAGGUAGGAAGGAGGGGGAGCAACAGAAAGAGAGAAGGGGAGAGAGAGAGAGAGAGAAAGAAAAAGAGUGAGUGAGUGAGGAACAGAGAGGGGAGAGGCUCUGGUGGCGGUGUAAACAUUUGUUUCUUUGGAGUGAGAAGUUGUGCAAAAAAGGACUUGGAGCAGGCAAGAAAACUGGAUGAAACUUUUGAACAAGGGGAAACGCACCUUAGCAGGAACACGAGGGAGUCUGGCCUCUGAGCACACACACGCACAGAGAGAGAGAUAUGUGGAAUGUGUGUGUGUUGUGCAACUCCUGCUAGCCUUCUGAGAAAUCUCCUAAGAAAGAGGGGCAACACAGAGGUGGGGGAAAGACGGUGAUCUCCCCAAAUACCAAACUCAGGUUUGAGGAAAGUAUGUAGCCAUGGAAACCAGACGCACCAAUUUGACUCAUGCGGACACGCUGCGAGUAGGAGAGCGGGGCAGCCGUGAUAUCAGCCCACACACUGGCACGAGGAGAAGGAGAGAGAACGACGCGGGCAGGAUGACCGAAAGGCCGCCGCGAGGCCGAGAACCAGACACCCCCCGGGGGUGGAACAGAGACAUGGACGUGAGCUUCACCACCUUCAAGGGAAGAGAGGGAGAGACUGAGUGGACAGAGAGAGAGAGGAGAAGAGAGAUGCCAAAGCGUCCCAAUGGCAGGGUGGUGUCCAUGCUGGAGCCAGGUCCUGUGGUGGAACGGGAGGGAGAAAUGGGAAAAGGAGACACCUUUCCCAGGAUGAGAAGACCCAGCAAAGACAGAGAUAGAAGAGCGAACGUCAUUCCAGAACAGGAGAGGAGGGGGAGAGACCGGGAGGUGGAGAGGGGGACAGACAGAAUCCAAGAGAGACAGGGAAGGAUUGAAUCUGGCAACGGCGGCAGAGAGACGGACAGAGAUAUGGCCCGGAAGAGGGACAAGGACAUUCAGAGGUAUAGAGAGGAGGAGAGGCUAAGGGAGAGGGAAAGAGCACGGCUGAUAGAGGACUGGAAGAGAAAUGUGCAGAGAAGCUUGGACAGGGAGGACAGGAGAAGGGAGGAAGUGAGGGAAUGUGACCCUAGCAGCCAAGAGAGGAGGCGUGAGCGGAACACCGAGGGCAAUGACCCACGUGGAAAGCGGGAGAUGGACAGAGAGAGAGAAAGACAGAGACCAAGUGACAGACCAUUUCGAUUUUACUCUCCCCAGCGACAGAGAGUGACAGGAGAGGAGAGAAGGAUGGACAGUAUGAGAGGGGUUAACAGGGACAUGAGAGAAUGCACGAGAGAAGGACGGAGGGAUACAAGAAGCGAGGGCGAAAGCGACGGAGGCAGAGGGGAGAUAAGGAGAAGAGAGGAAAACUCUGUGACACUGGAACACAAGCACAGUAGGAGCGAGGGAGACAAUGAAGGAGAUGGGAGAAGAGAGAGAGUGAGACAGAGACAGAAAGACAGAGAAAGAGAAAGAGGGAGAGAGGCAGAGCAUUACAGACAGAGGGAGGGGGAGAGGGAGAGACAAAAGGGCAGAUAUUAUGGCAGAGACAGACCAAGAGAGAGAGAGAGGGAGAUGGAGAGCAUCACGGAAACGCAGAGAGAUGAAUUUAGCGAGACACAGCGGAGGGGGAGGGAUGACAGAGGUGGCAGAGAGAGGGAAGAUGGCCGUCCAUCCUCAAGAGAUGACGUGGGGCCGCGUAGAGAAGGCGACCAGCUUACCGAGAGGCAUACAUACUCAGAGCGGGAGAGAGAGCAAAGGAGACCAAGAGAGAGGGAAAGGCAACGAGAGGACAGAGGGAACCAUUCACCGAGCAGACCGCAGGUUAGGACGCAGCAGACGGCCCAGGGCAGUGGGGAGUUGAUAUCAGGGAGUGACCUGGAGAGCGAGCGCAGGCGGAGAGGAGCGAGGGACGGCACUGAAGGGAGAGAGUCAGGAAAGGAGAGCACUCCAGAGAGAGAGCGAGAGAGGAGAAGACAGAGAGAGCAGGACUUUUACAGACCCGCUCCGGUCCACGAAGAAAACAAGGUGCCUGUCAGUGAAGAGGUGGCAACACAAGAGGAAGAAAAGAGGGGGAGAGGUCACAAUGAAGGGGAGAGAGAAAUGAGCAAGACGGGAGCUGAGAGAGGUGAGAAGCCAGAGACAAAGACCAUGAGGAGAAUGUGGCUGGUGCCUGGCUCUGGGAGAGCAAGAAACUCCAGAGAAUCUUCGCAAGAGGAAGAGCUGACUGAGAGAAAGAGCGAGACAGAAAGAGCCACAGAGACGGCAAGCGAGAGGCUGGAAGACAGGUACAGGAAACUGGAGAGAGCUGGAGAGUUUGUGGAGAACAGAGGCAGAGACGGGGAGAAAGAGGGCGGGUUUGAGAGGAGGGAGGGGGAGUCAGAGUCUGAGAGCACCGAUGAGAAGGAGGCAAACGUGACGGAGGAGAGUGACCGAGAGAGGGAGGACGGGAGUGACAGUGGCGAUCGCCUGGGAAGUGAGGGCCUGAGCGACCGAGAGAGCGUGGGAGUGUGGCGGGUGUCACCUUCCUUGGAGGAUGGAUUUGUGACCGUCUCCAGUGGAGGGGAGGACGUGGAGGAGGAGGAGGAGGAAAACUUUGAGGACUGCAAGGAAUUCUGGGACAGCGGGGUCCGAGAUGACGCCACCAGUCAUUCCUACAGAGUUCCCGAGAGGGAGAGAGGUGUAGACGGAUCGGAGGAAAGGAUUGUAAAGUCAGAUAAGGCUGGUACUGUCUCCUGUGUGGGCGGGAACAAGCUUCCCAGAAAAGAGGCAAUCAAAAGGGCUUACCUUGAUCUGGAUAACCUAGAAUCAGUGCGUGACAAUCAGACCGAACACUCCAACCAAGAGUCCAUCAACCGUAGGUCUCUUGACCUCACUGGAGACAGACAACCCAAACAGCAACCACCUCUGUCCAAAAACGGGGAAAGGGUUGAAUAUGAGGCUGCUGAUGCGACACCAAUCCUGCAAGAGGCAGAGAGGGAGCUUGAGACACAAACACUAUCUAAUGAACAUUUACAAGAGGAAGUGACAUCAUCAGACAUCCAAACCAAUGCAAACUCCACACCAGAGGCCAAUCCACUCCCACCCAUGGGCACCGACAUGCCGGGUAGUUUUGAGGAUUAUGGGUACGCAGUUAUACCAGACCAGAGACAGGAACCUGAACCUUCCUCUGAACAGCCAGGUGGGGAGGAACAUGAGGAGAGCCACCAGUCGGAGGAGGUGUGGACCACGGCAGAGGAGAGGAAACGCCACUCCCAGAUGCCCCACCUCAAAUGGGCCAAGAACGUGGUGCGAGAGAUUCUCGGGGCCUCCGAGGACCGACGGCUGGAGGAGGUGUCUGAGGCUCAGACUGAGACACCCGCCGACCCAAACCAGACGUCUGAGGGCACGGAAGGUCUGCCAACACCGGAGCCCUUGCCAAUCUACGCCACGGUCCAGAAAAGACCACAAGAACAGGACACGGACCCCGAGCCGCCGCCGCCACCAGAGGAGGAGCCGGUGAACUGGGAGGAGCCAAGAGGUAGUGUGGUGCAUGCUGGGAACUUAACACCCACCGACGUGCAUGUGGAGAGGGAGGUAGAUGUGCAUGUUGAGGGAGAGAUGGGGGAGCAUGCGGAGAGAGAGACAGAUGCGGACACUGACAUACAGACAAGUGCAGGCAUCACUGACAUACAGACAAGUGCACGCAUACAGAUACACGUAGAAGGGGAGGCACAGGAGUUGGGUGCUGGGCAAAGAGAGGUGUCAGUGCCAGGGGCAGACACGGACCCCGAAGUGGGGGCCGAGCCCGUUUCCAAGUCCAGAGACUCGUCUGUGGAGAGGGAGGCAGUGAAGGAGGCAGCUGGGGAGGGCAGGAUAGGGGAAGUGAUGACAACGAACAAGAGGGAGAAUUACUUGAUGCAGAGCACCAACAGCUUUCGGGAUCUGGGGACAGAGGCGCGACUGAGGAGAAGGGGGUUCCGAAAGACGGUGGAGAAAGGCAAACCGGAAGAGGAGGAGGUGGAGGAGGAGGAGGAUUUGGAGGAGGGAGAUGCAGUGUCUAGAGACCGCAGGACCAGAAUAUUCCACUCAGAGGACGAAAACGAUGAAAUGCGUUUCAGCUGGAAUGAAGUAGAUCUAAGGAAAGCGGUGGACUCCAUUGGGAGGACGAAGAAAAGGAACUCUAAAUUCUUCAACUCUCAGCUCUACCAGCAGUACAGUGAAGUGGUGUUGAACAGGGAGAUCCUGCGGCAGUCGCACUCCGACACACUCUCAGUGUCCGACGAGCUUCCUGCAAUCCCGGCAUCCUGCUCUUCUGCGGCCCCCACCCCCAGCCCGGCCCAGCGGCCCUUGCCCCCGCUGCCGCCUGUUCCCCACCCCCACACUCUCAUCCCCUCCUCAGGCUCCAUCUCCAGCGGGACCUCCACCUUGCUCGUGCCCGCUCCACCCCCUCGCCCACCCUCGCCUCGCGUCUCCAUCUCUGCCCAGUCGCAGUCGCUGUGGCAGGACCUGCCUAGCGUGAGGAACAGCGCUGAGCUGGAGGAUAUGAACGAGGACCAGAGGAGGCUGCAGGAGGUCCGAUUUGAGGUGGUGACUAGCGAGGCAUCAUACAGCCGCAGUCUGGACAUCGUGGUCGAGCAUUUUGUCAAGAAUAAAGACCUGAGUCCCCUGCUCACCACCCAGGACAGGAACUGGCUCUUCUCUCGCCUGGCUGACGUCAGGGCCAUCAGUCACAGUUUCCUGACCAAGCUGGAGGAACGCGUGGAGAAGGACACCUUGCACUUUGGCGUGUGUGACAUCAUCUCGAAGCACUGCCAGAUGUUCCGCAUGGUGUACGUGCCGUAUCUCACCAACCAGUCCUACCAGGACAAGACCUACCAGCGGCUCAUGGAUGAGAAUCCGAGCUUCAAGCGAUAUGUUGAGAAGCUGGAGCGCAGCCCGGUUUGUCAGAGAUUACCUCUGCGCUCUUUCCUCAUCCUCCCCUUCCAGCGCAUUACCCGUUUAAAGCUACUGGUGCAGAACAUUGUGAAAAGAACCGCUCCUAAAACAGAAGAGGAAGCUCAAGCCAGCAAAGCUAUGAAGCUCUUAGAGAAGAUGAUUCAGGACAGCAAUGACAGCAUUACUCAGAUGAAGAGUAUAGAGUCACUGGUGUCUCUUAGUGCCAAGGUGGACUUUGAAUGCAAGACCCUGCCCUUGAUCAGUCAGUCCCGUCGCAUGGUCAGAGAGGGCCUGGUGACGGAGCUGAUGGAUUUCUCCAUGAAGGAGACUGAGCGGAGCAUCUACAUGCAUCUCUUUAAUGAUCACCUGCUGCUCUCACUGCACAAAGAGGGUGGGAAGUUUACAGUGAUUGAUCAUGCUCCUGUGAAGGAACUGCGCGCCGAAAACUGUCGGGUCAAGUUGCACUCCCUGCAGAAGAACGUCUUCCGCCUUUACUUGUCCAAAAAAUCUGUACUGCUGAGGACGGACACGCUGAGUGAUAAAUUGCGCUGGAUCUCAGCCGUUUCCAGCCCCCACUCUGAGAUCGACUUCACCGCAGCCCAGGAUUUUCCUCAGAUGCAGUGCAUACGUGCCUACAUGGCCCAGCAACCAGAUGAACUCGGUCUGGAGAAAGCAGAUGUCCUAUUGGUCCAUCAGCAGAGUAGUGAUGGCUGGGUGGAGGGAACAAGGAUGUCGGACAGACAUCGAGGGUGGGCCCCUGUCUCGCACCUGGAGACCAUCACCAAUGAAAAAGCACGGCAGCGUAACCUCAUGGAUACCCAUAAAAUCACCACAGCGACUGCAGCUCUCUGAGUGUCCACACACACACACGCACGCACCCUCACUCAGGAAGGUUAACUUCAGACUACUGGAUUCUUCAAGACACCCUGCCCUCCAGACACACAGACUGGAUGUAGCCCCCUGAGCAUCGUCAGGGUUUCUCAACCAAACUAGACUUUUUGCUGGGACCCGUGGGAGAACCCCCAGAAUACCUGGGCUCGGACAGCUGGCUCACAGAGCCCCGUUAUUGUCGCUCUGCAACACAAAAGCUGACGAGCGUCGGGAGCACAGCUGGAGGCAAGACUUGCCAGACCGCGCUCCAGCAUCACUUUCCAAGUCACGUGGGGAUAUGGAUGAACUCAAGCUGGAAAAGCAAGAGGGAGCUGCCCGAAACAUGGUGAAGCCACGAGACUCUUUUGUCUUACUGUGCUCCCAGGCCUUGCAAGUCGACUUGCAAGUAAGAUAGCUGUUUAAAGGUUAGAGAGAAAUGGGAGGUGCAUCGCUAAGCUUUUUUUGUUGUUGUGAACUUUGUAACUCUGCUUCUUGGGAGUGAACUUUGUAUGAUAUUUGAACUGUAAUUAACAAUAUAGUUUUACUUUUAACAAAAAUUCAUAUAAGCACACCACACUGAUCCUGGCUAUGGUUUACCAAAGUAAAAGGACCGAUUUAGACUUCUGCUUCACCGCUGUGUGCAUUUUUAUUGAACUGUAAACAUGCAGUGCUGGUGUACAUCCUGCAUUGCCUGGUGUGAUAUGGAAAUGGCAAUAAAUCUGUAUUGUAUCGCAAUCAGUCAACUCUCAAAAUGUUUUACUGUACAUAUUUAAAUAUUUUAAAGCUUUUGUAAUGUUCUUGUGGAACAGCUGACAAUCAAUGUGCAGUUGCCAUGGCUUCCCCUUUGACACAAUAGAACAAAUGUACAGUGAAAAACCUAGGAAACAUAAAAUAUGGGAACAUUACUCUUAACCUCAAA